AUAGAGGAAGCCAGUUCAUCUCCUCCAUCUGGACUGACUGCAGUUUGCAGAGAACUAGGAAUCACGGUGUCCAGAACAACUUCUUAUCAUCCCCAGGCUAAUGGUAUGAUCGAACGUUUCCACAGAAGCUUGAAAGUUGCUCUCAGAGCUCGAGCAGCUGGUUCAAACUGGUUCCAACAUCUGCCUCUGGUUCUUCUGGGACUUCGUACUGUUCCUAAAGAGGAUACUGGUUUUUGUUCAGCUGAAGCAGUUUAUGGAUCUGCUCUCAGCGUUCCAGGAGAGUUUCUGAGCGUUCCAGAGUUCACACCAGAUUCGUUCUUGAGGAAAAUUCAGUUAGGUUCAUCUGGUUUCUCCGCCCCUCCACCUCAUCAUGUAGCUCCCGCUGCUCCUAAACCUCUACCAAAGUCUCUUCUCCAAGCUGAUUUUGUUUUUGUCCGUGAAGAUGCCUCCGUUCCCGCCCUCUCUCCGUUAUACAGAGGUCCUUAUAAAGUACUGGAACGUCAGAGCAAAUUUUUCCGCCUCCAGAUUGGUGACAAGGUUGAUGUGGUAUCCGUUGACAGACUCAAACCAGUGAUAUCCGACUCCACGAUCAUUCCCGCCAGGCCUCCUGCUCGUGGUCGUCCAAUCCUCCGUCCUCAGAGUCCAAAAACAGAUACAUCCGUCUCAGCUCCGCCUCGAGUCGUCAGGAAGGUUCGUUUUUAA